AUGUCCGAUCCCCAAAAUCUCCACUUCGACACGCUACAGUUACACGCUGGCCAUGAGCCAGACGCAACCACAAACUCCCGCGCAGUUCCGAUCUACGCCACCAGCUCGUAUGUCUUCAAUGACUCCGCACACGGCGCUCGGCUCUUUGGCCUUAAGGAGUUCGGCAACAUCUACAGCCGCAUCAUGAACCCGACAGUGGAUGUCUUUGAAAAGCGGAUUGCAGCCCUGGAGGGUGGUGUUGCCGCCGUCGCUGCCUCCUCUGGACAGGCAGCGCAGUUCAUGGCCAUUUCGGCCCUGGCUCAUGCCGGUGACAACAUUGUUUCUACUAGCAACUUGUACGGUGGCACUUACAACCAGUUCAAGGUCAUGUUCCCGCGCCUUGGUAUCAAUACAAAGUUCGUCCAAGGCGAUAAGCCUGAGGAUAUUGCAGCUGCGAUUGAUGACCGCACGAAAGCCGUGUUCCUUGAAAGCAUUGGCAACCCGCGCUAUAACGUUCCUGAUCUUGAGGCAAUUGCCAAACUAGCACAUGAAAAGGGUGUCCCGGUCGUGGUGGACAACACAUUCGGCGCAGGCGGCUACUUCAUCCGCCCAAUCGAUCACGGCGCCGAUAUAGUCGUGCACAGCGCAACAAAGUGGAUCGGCGGCCACGGCACCACCAUCGCAGGCGUGGUAAUCGACAGCGGCAAGUUCGAUUGGGGCAAGAACAGCGCCAGAUUCCCACAGUUCAUCGAGCCCUCAGAGGGCUACCACGGGCUGAAGUUCUGGGAGACAUUUGGCUCUAUCGCCUAUGCCAUCCGGGUGCGAGUUGAGAUCUUACGGGAUCUUGGAUCAGCCUUGAACCCAUUCGCGGCGCAGCAGCUCAUUCUGGGCAUUGAGACGCUCAGCCUGCGGUGUGAGCGUCAUGCCAGUAAUGCGAUUGCUCUGGCUAACUGGCUUCAGACGAAUGAGAAUGUCAGCUGGGUUUCGUAUCCUGGGUUGGAAAGUCAUCCCAAUCAUGAUCUUGCCAAGAAGUAUUUGAAGCGUGGGUUUGGUGGUGUUUUGUCGGUUGGUAUUAAGGGUGGCGCGGCUGCUGGUGCGCAGGUCGUUGAUAAUUUCAAGUUGAUUUCCAAUCUUGCUAAUGUUGGUGACUCCAAGACUCUUGCUAUCCACCCCUGGUCCACGACCCAUGAGCAACUCUCAGAGCAGGAGCGUCGCGACUCUGGCGUUACCGAGGAUGGUAUUCGCAUCUCGGUUGGUACGGAGUACAUUGACGAUAUUAUUGCCGACUUUGAGCAGUCAUUCCGUGCUUCCAAGGCUGUGCCAGAUCGGACUGCGUGA